AUGUCGUCCACCAGCAACGCCUCCAUUGACAAGUUCAACGGAGACAAUUACGCAACGUGGAGCCGGUACAUGCGCGGUGUGUUUUUGACGAAGUCCGUCUGGCACGUUGUCAACCGUGAAGUGACUCCGACUUUCACCGACCCGCGAGCGUCCGAUGACUACGUCAAGGCAAGCAACGUCGCGUUUGGUAUGAUGCUGCUGCACAUGAACGCGGACUACCAUCAUGUGCUGGACAACUGCGAGGAAGCCUGGGUUGCGUGGACAAGUCUGAAGACGCUGUACGGUGGGUCGCAGAAGGCAGGACGCAUCUACCUCAAGCGACAACUUUUCAGUAUCAAGAUGGCUGAAGGCGCGAACGUCAUGCAUCACUGCAACGAGGUCCUCAACAUCUCCGCCAAGCUUAGCGGCAUCGGUGCGAAGAUGGAAGACGAAGACGUUGCAAUUUGUCUGCUACUCAGUCUUCCGAAGAGCUACGAAAAUGUGGUGCUCAACAUGGAAAUGAGCAGCACCGAGCUUCGCACUCAAGAUGUGGUGAGAGUCCUGACGAAUGAGCAUGCCAAGCGUCAAGGAGAAAAAGGGACAACGACAGCGACUACGGUGAAGGCUGAAGAUGCAAGCAAGGCAUUCAGCGCCGAGCGUGAGCCCUACCAAUGCACGUAUUGUGGCAAGGUGGGACACACGGUGGAUCGUUGCUGGACAAAGCAGAAGAACGAAGGUCGGGGAGCCCGACGCGGCGGCAAUGGUCGUGGACGCGGGGCUAACAAUGUCCAGUGGGGACAUCAUGAUGAAGGCAAUGGCUACGAUCGAGUGGCGUUUGCAGUCUCGUUCGAAUGUGGAGUUUCGACGAGCAAGGACGUGUCUGGAAUGUGGGCCGUCGACAGUGGUGCAACGCACCACAUUUGCCACGACAAGACCAAGUUCGCAAGUUUGGCAGAGCGCAAUGAGGGCGAACUCUUGGUGGCUGAUGGCAACAAGGUGGCCAUCAAGGGUGUGGGAACCAUCAUGGAAAAGGUGGUUCUGCCCAACGGUGAAGAGCGUGAGAUCGAAAUCAAGAACGCGCUAUAUGUUCCAAGUAUGAGCAAGAACCUGCUCUCGGUGCCACAGAUUAACAGCCAUGGCAAGUUUCAAGUCGUGUUUGACGGGUCCAAGAUGUAUGUGACUCUCAAGAACUCACAGCAAGUGGUGGCGACAGCGGAUCUCGUGGAUGGACUCUACUGGCUUCGGACGACUCAACGAUCAGCGAAUGUGACAACAAGUGGAAUCAGUUGUGCCGAUCUACAUGCGAGAAUGGGUCAUGCUCCAGUCGAUGUACUUCGCAAGAUGAUCGCGACCAACAUGAUCAAGGAUGUGCGAGUCCCUCUCAAGUCGGGUGGAGCAACUACAUGUCGAGGAUGUCAACAAGGGAAAAUGGUCCAAAAACCAUUUCCAAGCAACCGAGACAAGCGCAGCUACGAUACGUUUGAGCUACUUCAUCUGGACAUCUGCGGGCCCAUGGAAAAGGAUUCGCUCGGUGGCAGCAAAUAUUUGCUGCUGAUCAUCGACGAAGCCAGUGGAUGCAUGAAGGGCUUUUGUCUACGAGUGAAGUCCGAGAGUGAAGACUACAUCCAGAAAUAUAUCACCAUGGUACAGACGCAAUUCUGUAAGAAGGUCAAGUUCGUGCGACACGACGGAGCUCGCGAGUUUGCAACCAACUCGCUUCAACUGUUCUACGAAGACGAAGGCAUUGAACAGCAGACAACGGUGCCGUAUGCACAUCAAACAAACGGAACAGCAGAGCGUGCCAUUAGGACUAUUGUCACGAUCGGCCGCAGCAUGCUUCAUCAUGCCAAACUGGACAAGUGUUUCUGGGCCGAAGCAGCGAUGACGGCCAUCUACGUCAAGAAUCGACUGCCGUCACCUAAAGUCGUGCACAAGACCCCGUUUGAGAUCGUCUACAACUUGAAACCAAGCGUCAAGCACAUGCGAACAUUCGGGUGUCAGACAUACAUACUGACGCCUAAAGAGAAUCGACUCAAGUGGGAUCCAAAGGCUCGCGCUGGCAUAUUCGUGGGCUACGAAGAAGUUUCGAAGGCAUAUUGUUGCAUUGUAGAUCGGAGCGAGGAAAGCGGAGCAAACGGAGCGGAGAGACCGAAGAGAGUAGAGCAGAAAACACUUGCCCAAUAG